GUGACACAAUGAUUUUUUAAUUUCUCACUCAAUUGAUGAUGCGCUAGUUUUUUUCUUUUCCCUGCGCUAUAAAUGAUCCCAAAAUGUUACACAGUGCGUGGAUUUAGAGCUCCUGUUACCAGCUGUCCUUCUUUGCAGUCUGAUUGCGCCAGUGCUGGCACACACAAGCGCUCUUGUUUUUGUGGUGUAUGAAGAACUUCUGGCGGCGUGCUUUAGUAGAGCCGGUCUGCAUUGCGUCGAAACCCUCCAACUCCUCCUCCUCCUCCUCCUGCUCUUUCUCCUGCUGUCCUCCCUCCCUCCACCCCUUCCCUCUCUCCUUUUUUUUUUUUUACCCCCCCUCACCUCCCCUGCACUUGCAUGUAAAAAAUGCACAGCAAAACUUGCUUGACAUUGUGGAGAAAACAUUUGGACCAUCGCUACUGCUGCUGCUGCUGCUGCUGCUGCACUCUCAACUCUCCAUUUUGAUGCUUUUAUUCUUGCUCUCCGAGCCGAGCUGAAACACAUUCUUGCCCGUCAUCAUCAUCAUCAUCAUCAUCAUCAAAAAAAAGAAAAGGCAGCAGAUUCCCGCUGAUGCAGUGAUGUCUGGAAAUGCCAAGGGUUCGCUUAUUGCCCCUUACUGUAUCUCCCCCCCUGAAUUGCAGCGCAAGAUUUUCUCCUGCGGUAUACUGUAAGCUGCUCACGCCACUGUGCCGCCGCGCAGGCAACUACCGACGCUUUGUCUUCUCCAUCUCACGCAUCUUUCAUCAUUAGACUCACCUGAUUUUCAUCCUGUUUUGUCUCAUCAUCAUAAGACCUAUUUGAGGACACUCUUUGGGAUGGCGAUGAGCACACUGAAGCUCUAGGGGUCUUUUUUUUUUUUUGUGGGGGGGUAGGUGCAAUGUAAAGUUGCCACAUGACACUCACUGGUGCCCUGCCGUUGGAUGAUUUUACUCGAGGAUAAGACGCAUUCAAGACCUUUGAAGAUCAACCCACGAGGCAGCAGUAACAACAGCAGCAGAUGCAUCGGAGAGCAGCAAUGGUCAAGUCAGCGAGAACCGCAGUGGAGCCGCACUGAGGCAAAGCAGCCAACCAGCCCCUCUCGUAUCAGGGGACGUCUCCAAGAAUUUAAGGGGUGUGGGAAGCUGAGGAGUGGAAAAAUUUACCUCCCGAACCUGAAUGCCUGCUCAGUCAGAUUAACCAACAUCCCAACACAUCUCCUCCUCCUCCUCCUUCCAAAAUGACCGUGGUAGCAGGAGAUAACAUGGACGAGACCUCGGCUGUCCCUGGCCACCCUCAGGACACCUACCCCCCAGACCACAAUGACCACGAAUGCUGCGAGAGGGUGGUCAUCAACAUAGCCGGUCUCCGGUUUGAGACACAGUUGAAAACUCUCUCCCAGUUUCCAGAAACGUUGCUGGGCAACCCCAAAAAGCGGAUGCGGUACUUUGACCCUCUGAGAAACGAGUACUUCUUCGACAGAAACCGCCCCAGCUUCGACGCCAUCCUCUAUUACUACCAGUCUGGGGGUCGUCUGAGAAGACCAGUGAAUGUCCCGUUGGAUAUGUUCUCAGAAGAAAUCAAAUUUUAUGAGCUGGGAGUGGACGCGAUGGAGAAGUUUCGCGAGGAUGAGGGUUUCAUCAGGGAGGAAGAGCGUCCUUUACCUGAGAAGGAGUUCCAGCGUCAGAUUUGGCUCCUCUUCGAGCACCCAGAAAGCUCAGGCACUGCGAGAGGGAUUGCCAUAGUGUCUGUGAUGGUAAUCCUGAUUUCAAUAGUCAUAUUUUGUUUAGAGACUUUACCACAGCUGAAAGAAGACCCAGCAGGUCGAAUAGUGAGAGUUGGGAACACUACUAUUUAUUACAAGCCAAAUAUCCUCACUGACCCCUUCUUCGUCAUUGAGACACUCUGUAUAAUCUGGUUCUCCUUUGAGUUGAUAGUACGCUUUAUGGCUUGCCCAAGCAAACCGGCCUUCUUCAAGAACAUGAUGAACAUGAUCGACAUAGUGGCUAUCAUCCCCUACUUUAUUACACUCGGCACUGAGCUGGCUGAAGACCCAGAAAACGAGGGAGUCGGGGAGCAGGCAACAUCUCUGGCCAUACUCAGGGUGAUCCGUCUGGUCAGGGUGUUUCGGAUUUUCAAGCUGUCACGACACUCCAAAGGACUGCAGAUUUUGGGGCAAACCCUCAAGGCCAGCAUGCGAGAGCUCGGAUUGCUGAUCUUCUUUCUGUUCAUUGGAGUCAUCUUGUUCUCCAGCGCUGUGUACUUUGCCGAGGCAGAGGAGCAAGGAUCCUACUUUAGCAGCAUCCCGGAUGCAUUUUGGUGGGCUGUUGUGUCUAUGACAACUGUGGGCUAUGGGGACAUGGUCCCAGUCACUAUAGGAGGCAAGAUUGUGGGAUCUCUGUGUGCCAUCGCCGGAGUGUUAACAAUUGCGCUCCCAGUGCCUGUCAUUGUGUCCAACUUCAACUACUUCUACCACAGGGAGACCGAGGGAGAAGAGCAGGCCCAGCUGCUCAACGUCAGCAAUCCCAACAUCCCCUCUGAAACCAACUCCAGCCGCCGUAGUUCAUCCACCGUCAGCAAGUCAGAGUACAUGGAGAUUGAUGGAGACAUAAACAAUAGCAUCGACAACUUUAGGGAGGCAAACCUCAGAACUGGCAAUUGCACUAUAGCCAACCAAAACUGUGUAAAUAAAAGCAAGCUGCUUACAGAUGUUUAGGCACUAGUUAGGAACUUUGGGAUCUCUAUGGGACUCUCACAUGUGGAGUAGACCAUCAGUAAGGAAUGCUUCAUUUACCUCCCCAAAGCACUCUGGCAUUAGGCCUACAACUAUGCUCAGCUAUAUAGAAAGGAAACAGAAAAAACAAAGCUCUUAGAGUAUAUGACAGGUAGAUAGAAUAAUUAAUUCUUCUGAUCCUACAAAUAUAUAGGUACAUCAAAAAGAAAACAUCAAUUAUUACGCAUAUACAUGGCUCCCUGGAGGACGCAGAGCACACACUGUCUUAUCAGAUGACGGCGUGAUAAUUAAAAUCUUAUGCAUGGAGUACAGAUAACAUUUCAGCAAGUUGCACAAUGCACCAGAAAAGUCUGCAGAGACAUGCAAGCAUCUGCAGCCAAGUGGUAAGCGCCAAGAAAUUAGUUAGGUGACCCCCUCGCUCCUUCCGUCCUCCUCCUCCUCCUGCUCCCUCCUCCUUUUCUCUCCUCCUCUCUCCUCCUCCUCUCUCUACAAAGGAUCUACUAUUCAGCAAAGCACCUUAUAGGAGGAAGACUGAUCUCUCUUGUUUGGAUGUAAACAGAUGGUGAUCUACACGCUUCACGGACAUCCGCAAUGCUGCUGUUUUCCAGCAGAUGCUGUAAUUGUGAUAUCACCAAGUGAUUCAAUGCCAUGCCCUUUAGAUGCAACACAGCACAAUGAUAAAGUGAGCUUCACACGAGCAUGAUUAGAGACUUUCCAUUUUGAUAUCGGCAUGCAUGAGACAUAUCUCACAUAAUGGAAAGGAUGUUCUUUUGGAUACCUGCCUCCAUCCACCCCCUUCUCAUCUGUUUUCAUACUUGAGUGCACUGGAUGAGUUUUUAAUUUGAAAUGCUAAUCAUUUAGAAGCAUAGAAUUGAAUGUUAAAUCUUAAGGGAACAGUACAUAAAUGAGAUCAUAGCAUGAAAAAAGUAACCUGCAUUAUGGUCUAUCGACUAAGGUACUUUUGUAUCCUGGUAUAUUUAAUGCAUGACAUGAGUAUACAGCUUGUUGCAAUUCAGGCACUCUGCAGUGCCCUAUUGUCAGGGAAACUAAGGAAAUCAAAUUCUGGAUGUUUCUGAAUUGCGAUCAAAUAUAUCCAAACCCAUCUUGAGGAUGCAGAGUUUCUAAUUUAAAAAGUAGUCAAAGAAACUGAAUAAAUAUUAUCAAAAAUGCAUAUAAGCAUAAUAAGCACCAAUUACAGUAUUACGUCAAUAGUGCAGUGCAUGGACCUUCUUUGAACAAGAAAUGUUAACAUAUCAUUAGUCAUGCUUCCAUUUCCACGUCAAAUUUAAGUACAUAUUGGUUUGGAAAUCACUAAAAAGAAAAGAGGAUCAAUACCAAAUUUCACUUCAUGUUACAGAGAAUUAUUCUGACAUUAGUUGCUAGUGCCUUUAUCCCUCCCACCAACAGGACCAGUGAAAGUGCCUCUGUGUACAAUGGGAUUUGUGAGGUGGAGCAGAGCUGGUUUACCUUCUGUUCUCGUGUUGAUACACUGUUGGUUAUGAUGUUAAUGAUGCCAGAUGAGCAAGGUUUGAAACAGCAGGUGAUUGUGGUCAAAAAAACAAAAAACAUGAAAAAGAUGAUCCAUGGCUGUUAAUGCACAACCCGAUUUUCAUGCUGUCACGCACUUAAUUAUGCCCUUAAGCAGCAAUGUAUUGUACUCUGCAUGUUUACCAAUCCAAUUCAAAAGGGAAUAUCCAUAGGUUUUAACCAUAUUUUAUUUAUUUAGUUUGUGUUCAUGCACCAUGCAUCCUUUUUCAGGGUCUCUACCUCAGUGAGGUCAUUGCAAACUUGCUGCAGAGCUGCAAGCUUCAAUGCAGGGCUUCCUAUACCAUAAUGCAAAAUGGAACCUUAAGUGUAAACUGCAGUCAUGCAACAUUGAAUGUGAGAGUCCCAAAGCAUAGCCUUUACACAAGCACUUAGGGCAAAUAGUAUACCACAAUCCCGCUGCUUUGUUUUUUGUUUUUUCCACUUAAAGCUGCGCACAAUCAGAAUAUUCAUUUGUUUUUGAGAGUUUGCAGAGAUUGCUUGACUCUCCUAACGGGAUGAGAUUGACUGUUUUCUAUGUCGGUUUCUUUGAAACGACGGUAAAGUUACUGUUGUGUCACAGAAACGCACCCGAAUGUGUUUCGACACACACAUGUAUAAGACGGUGGAGACGUUUGUUAUAGUUUGUUGUAGUCAAAGUGCAGCCCGUCUUUUUUGCACAGUCAUUUUGUUCUGUUGCUUGAACCAUUUGUUUUUGUCUUUCUUUUUCACUGAGCUCACUCACACGUUGUGCAUUGUUUCUCAGCAUAUUGCUCCAGACAGACUAACUGCAGACAGAUUUGGACAAAUUGUACUUGAAAAUCUCCAGCUACUGUACAUCAACCUACGCUCAGUACUGAGAUGAAUUCACCCAAAUGAUAGUAAGAUUUUGUACUGUAUGCCUUUAUUUAUUUAUUAUUAUUUAGCACUCUUCUGACAAGGUCCUGUAAAAAAAAGAAAAAAGAACUCCACUGCAGUGCUACUUGAAUGUCAUAGUUGUUUCUGUUGGUGCAAUGGCUAUCCUUUGUGGUGCUAGGACAGGACUACUAUUGUUGUCUUGUUACAUCACAUGUGAAGCAUCAGCUGAAGCAAGCCUUCGUUAAUCAGAUCCAUUUUAUAAUCCUUAUUUCUGUUUUUUUUGGUGGCUGGUUGGUUAGUUUAGGGCACUGUUUGUCAUUUUAUUUGGACCUGAUCUUCGUACUGUACUGCUGUCUGCAGUAAUUCAUGAGAGCAAAAAAAAAAAAGAUACACAUUUGGGUCAGGGUUUACCAAUUUGUGUAGGGUUUCUCGUACAGAAGGACACAAAUAAUACCCAGUAACAUACAUUAUAUUACUAUAUAUAGAAUGAUAUAAGAAAAUCAUAGUAGUCUCAUCAAUGCAGCUAUCAGGAAAUUGUUAGCUUUGGUCACAAGUUUCUCGUACGACUCAUGCUUGAAAGUAGUGAUGUGUGUGUAACAUGUUCUGCAGGAGCGUGAGGUGAAGAAAAAUACAAAUGAUAGCCCUCACAUUAGCAGUGCUGUUGCUCCUCUUGCUGUGAGGGCAUGUAUGGAUGGUGCUAUGCAUUCAAUUACCCAACAGAAACAUGCAUUCUUAACAGCAAUAGAAUAACACAUCGCCUGUUUCUUAGAUGCUUUUUGUAAUAAAAAUAAAUACUAAAAUCUAUUUUGAAUGUCAGAGAAGCUGCGGUCACUUGACAGAUAACUCACAACAGGGCUGUUUAUGUACCAACCUCUUACCCUCUGUUCUGUGAUUUUGUAAGGUCACUGGGGUGAAACAUAGAGGCUGACAUUUUCUCGAGAGAAACCUGUGAAAUAUCCAAAUAUAGGCUUUGUAAUAGCGGCAGUCCCCAUUAACCACCCAGGUUGGACUGGAGUUGUUUUGCAGUCAGGAAGAAAGGCUGCUGAAGGGUUCAGUCGAACCUAUAACACAGUCCCAAAGGGACGAGCCCAUAAUGCACUUAGAGAGGAUCUAUCGUCAGUUCACCGGACUGAUCAGCUACGUGAGAGAAAGUCAGAGAAGGUGCCUAAAAAUGUUUUACAUAUUCCUUUGUUUAGCUUACUGUUAGAUGUUACGCUUCUGCAAACAAACACGAGCGAGAAGAUCUUUAAAAAGAAAAAACAAAAAAAUUUACGACAUUAACCGAAUUAAACUAUAAGAAAAAAACAUGAAAUGUCAUGAGAACAAAAUGCAAUUUAGCUACAAUAAGAUAGAGAAAAGUAACCACUAUAUACUGCAAUUACUUAUGAGAAACAGUUUUAGUGUGUGGUUUUUUUUUCUUCGUUUUUCUUUGUUUUUUUGGUGGCACUGUAACAUGACUGAUAUAGGAAGAACAUGCCAUAUACUGGAAUAUCAAAGACAAUAUGUUCCUCUGGCAAGCCAUGAUAAUGAAACUACUGUAUUAUGAUCAAUUGCUAUACACUAAAUGAUAUGGACAAGAAGUGUACUAUUAUUAAAAAAAAAAAAACAACAUAUGGUUGAUUCAUUCAAACACCAUGUUCACAUUUUUUCCAGUCUCCACUGCUGAACCUACUGCUACGAUGUAUCUCUACAGAAAACCUACUAAUCGCAAAAAACUGCAUGGUCGAUGGAAGACUGCAUGAGUUUUGCCUUUCAAACUGUGGAUCAACUAUAAUACAGUUGCAUCAUUUAAAAAAAAAAAAAAAGAAACCCUUGCUUUCAUCUGCACCAAGGCUUCCUGUUUAAGGCCCUGUUCAGAAGUUGUCGUGAAACGUGUCCUCUGCUGGAUUUCUUUCAAAAAAAAAUAAAAAAUAAAAAUAAUAAUAAUAAAGCACCUUAGCGCUGACCUCAUCACUAAAGAUGGCGUCCGGGUUAUCCGAGCCGUUUCUCAGCGUUCUCGGUGUGUGAUUUUCAGGUUGUGCUUGUGAGGCUCCGAAUGUGAGCAAGGACAUUAAGGGCUAGUUUCUCAAACUUUAUCUCUAUUCUAGGACUGAAACGCUCUUUCAAAGUGACAUUUUGCCCAUUCUUAUCUCAGUCUAGACUGUAGUGAUACUGUGUUGUGUGAAACAUGCCCGUCAUGUCUAAGCAGGGCCUGUGCCACACACCCUCUCCUCUGUACUACAUUGGUGUUCUUGUUUGCUAAAGAUCUUGAUGUCGGACUGCUUUCUGCCUGCUGAGGAGGCACUGAACAGGAUCAAAUGUUGGGAUGUUGUGUAUCUUACUUACGCCAAAGGUGAUUGUGGAUGAGAAGAUCUUGUUUUGUGUUAGGAGUGUGAUGGCUACGGUCUUUUACUGUCAAGAAUGCACAUUUAAUCGCUAGUAGGGAAGUUUUGGAGCAAAAGCGCAUAAAAAGGACUGUUGAACUCUUCUGCUCUUCUUUUCAUCCACAAGCAAACCAAACUCUGAUUGUGUUAUCUAAUCCAGCCGUCAUUGUCACGUUGUGUUUUACCAAGGAUUAUGCUACAAUGUGUUCAGUUUGUCAGAUGAUGACAAAGGCAUGGUCUGUGAUCUAUGCAAGGGUUAUUUGUUUUUUUGUUUUUCUUAUAUCACUUAUGAUUUCACCUUACAUUAACUUCAAUAAAUUUUUAAGGAUC